AUCACGAUCGGCGUCACCAAGAAGAGCUGCUUCUGCUGUUCUCUUCUGGCGGAGGUGAUCGCUGAGCAGAGUUCGUCCUCUCCUUCGACGGCGCCUGUCAAAAUCGUACUCCCUGGCACACAUUCCACGGUCUUCCCGUGGUGCCCUCCGCCGGGUCUCCCAGAAGAUGUGUUGACAAAGAUGGCGAAGCGCCUGAUGGAUGCACUGAAGAGGGUUCUAGAAGCCGCCGCGCGAGGCAUUCCAUCUAAUCAAACGACGCCUCUGAAAGCCACCAUCGAACUU